ACAGCGGCAGGUUUCAGGAGGGCACCGCCGUUAGGUAAUCGCCUCUCUUCUCUCCUCAGCAGCAGCAGCAGCGGGGACCAAACGGAAGCGGAGCUGAGCUGAGGAAGAACAAAUCCUCCUCCUUUAAUUCAAUCCAACUCCUGAGCUGCCGAGAGGAGACGUGUGCACAACGCUGAGGCUGCACAGGCACACGGCCAGCCUGCAAACUUCACAGCGGAUCUAUAAACUGUAAUAACACUCUGCCUCCUCCUCAUCCUCACCUUCAUCAUGAGCUGUUACACAGGUUUGGCUUAAUGAAUGAGGAGCAGCUUCAUCGCAGCAACAGAUGAGAAGAUGCACGGGACAGAGAACAGAGACGUUACAGAGCUGAGGCUGCACACCUGCGUCCUGUGAGUUUCUCUGUGGCUCCUCCUUCUAACCUCCCGUCAACCAGACAUUGAUAUACCUCCUCCGUGUCGUCACACAUCCUGAAGCCAGCAUGCCCAUCAUCAGCAAUGCAAACCACGACUUCAGCACCUACUCCAUCAGCAGCGAUGACAGCAGCCUCGACCGCUUCUUCACAGAAAUCCCAGAGACUGAGACCAUCAAGGGUGUUUACUUCCAGCGCGCCCAGCUGCUUCGUGACCCCAAGGCCUCAUUUGUGGUCGACCACACUUUACAGGUUCUCAUCAAUGUUGGGGGCAACCGCUACACAUUCCCCUGGAGUACCUUGGAGCAGUUUCCUCAGAGUCGUCUGGGACGUCUGCGUUUCUGUACCACCCCUGAGGAGAUCGCACGACUGUGUGACGACUAUGACGAGACGUGCCAGGAGUACUUCUUCGACCGGAACCCGACAGCCUUCAGGGUCAUCCUCAACUUCCUGGCUGCAGGGAAAUUGCGUCUGCUUCGGGAACUGUGUGCCGUGUCGCUGCACGAUGAGCUUGACUACUGGGGCGUGGACCCGGGACAUAUGGAGCGUUGUUGCCGGCGCCGCAUGAUCACCCGUGUGGAGGAGGUGGCUGAGCGAGAGCGCAAGGAAGAGGAGUGGAGGCAGAAGAGGGUGAUGAUGAAGAAAAGCCCAGCUGAGGCUGAAAGGGGCUAUCGCAAACUGACCUGGAUGCUGCGAGAAGUGGUGGAAAACCCACAGUCGGGGUUGGCUGGCAAGUUGUUCGCCUGCCUCUCGGUUGUCAUGGUGCUGGUUACUGUCAUCAGCCUUUGCAUCAGCACCAUGCCAGACCUCAGAGAUGAAGACUCCAGGGGCGAGUGCUCCCAGAAGUGUCACAGCAUGUUCGUGGUGGAGUCCAUCUGUGUGGCGUGGUUCACUUUGGAGUUCGUGCUUCGAUUCUUCAACGCUCAGAGCAAGCUGGCCUUCGCUCGCGGCCCCCUGAACAUCAUCGACGCCAUCGCCAUCCUGCCAUACUACGUGUCCCUGGUCGUCGAUGUCAAAGACGAGUCGCGGGAGGACGUCAUCAUGGGUGCAGGCAGAGGCUACCUGGACAAACUGAGUCUGAUCCUGCGCCUGCUGCGAGCUCUGCGCAUCCUGUACGUGAUGCGGCUGGCUCGCCACUCUCUGGGCCUGCAGACGUUAGGACUGACCAUGCAGCGCAGCAUGAGGGAGUUCGGCCUGCUGCUGCUGUUCGUCUGUGUGGCCGUGACCCUCUUCUCACCUCUGGUCCACCUGGCAGAAAGCGAGCUGGCGCCUUUUGCCGCCACGCACCCUCACCACAGCUUCAGCAGCAUCCCGGCCUCCUACUGGUGGGCCAUCAUCUCCAUGACCACGGUGGGAUACGGCGACAUGGUGCCGCGAAGCAUCCCCGGACAGAUAGUGGCGCUCACAAGCAUCCUGAGUGGCAUCCUCAUCAUGGCGUUUCCCGCCACGUCCAUCUUCCACACCUUCUCCCGCUCGUAUCAGGAGCUGAAGCAGGAGUACGAGCGGCUGUGGAAGGAGGAGAGAGGCGAGGAAAAAGCCGCAGAGUCAGAAGAGAGCUGGCCCAAAGUCGAUUUGUCACCAGAUGAGUUCACGUCUGUGUCGAAGGAGGAUAAUGAUGGGAUGGUGUCAAGCAAGAGUCAUCAAUCUGCACUUCCAUCGACAGCUUUCUAAUGGACCAGGAAGAGAGCAGUCAGACGCUUUCCUCCAGUAAUUAUGUGUUAAAAAUGGUGACACUUGACAACCUACUCGAUCUGUCCUACAUAAGCACAUUUAGACUGUUAUAUUACGGACACGUUAAGUUCCAGUCUGUUCACGCUUUAACACAUUCAGCUUCCAAACUAUAUCAAGCUACUUAUCAGGUUAUAUUGAGCUUCUUUUUAUAUCAGCAGAGACAUCACACACAUACUAAACCUUUACUCAACAUAGAAAUAAAAUCUAAAUUCUCCUCGCUUAUUACUUAAGAAAAAUAUAAACUAUAAUCUCACAGGAACUCUUGUGCACAUUUUCAAAAAGAGGAUAUUUACUGAAUGUGAUAUAUGAAGUUAAUAUGAUAUAUGGGCGUUCCCCAGUGUCGACAGGAAACACUCAUCACGCUGUAUCUGAGUGUUGAUACAAGGCUUUUUAACCAAGUUCACAUUAGCUGUCAGUCAUUAGCAGUUUCACGUCUGUCACCUCACAACAUCUGACACAUCAGCGCCGUCUCAGCCAGGAAACACGUGAAAUAGAUAUGAAGUCUUUACAACAGGUGACGACAUGAUGGUGGGCAUGAAAUGUGUUACACUUACAUGCAAGUCAAUAAGGAUGUUUUGUUGUUGUGGAAACAAGUGUUGGACAGUUUACUCUCAAAAUGUAAUUUGAAAGUAAUAAGUUACUUUACAAUAUUACUCUUUGUGUAGAGUAAUGUUACUCAUUACACUACCUUUGUGUUACUUUGACCAAAAUGAGCUCAGAAGAACUAAUGUUGGUUUUAAAUGGA